GAAAAGAACAAAAAAUUAAAUGCUAUGUUGAAAAAGAAAAUGCAAGAAUAUCGACAAAAGCACACGACACAGAUGCUGGAUUCGAUUUAUAUUAUCCAGAAAAAGAAUCGCUUAUCCUGCCAUUUGAAGAAACCACCGUAAUCGACCUAGAAAUUGCGGUGGAAGUUCCCGAAAAUAAGAAAUUACUGUCAAAGGAGGAAUUAUAG